AUGGACAUGGACAUCCCACAAGCCUUCCAGAAAGAACUCACCUGCCUCAUCUGCCUGAAUUGCCUUAUGGACCCCAUCACCAUAGACUGUGGGCACAGCUUCUGUUGGUCCUGUCUCCGUGUUUACUGGGAGAAAGCCGAAACCCCUGCCUGUUGUCCUGUGUGCAGGCAGCCAUCCCAACAGACAGACUACAAAACCAACAUUCUUCUGAAGAGUCUGGUGUCCGUUGCCAGAAAAGCCAGUCUCAGGCAAUGCCUGAGCUCUGAGGAACACAUGUGCGGGACCCACAAGGAGACAAAGAAGAUCUUCUGUGAAGACAACAGGAGCCUGCUGUGUCUGCUCUGCUCUGAAUCUCAGGAGCACGAGGCUCACAGUCACUGUUCAGUGGAGGAGGCUGCUGAGGAAUAUCGGGAGAAGCUCUGCAAGCACAUGAGAUCCUUAUGGGAAAAGAGCCAAGAAAACCAAAGAAAUCUCGAUAAAGAUGGCAGAUUGUCUUUCCAUUGGAUGUGUUAUGUGUAUAAACAUGAAGACAUCAUCAGGGCUGUCUAUCAGCCACUGCAUCCUUCUCUACGGAAGGAAGAGAAGCAGCACUUAGAGAGUCUGAAAAAGCAAGGAAAAUCCGUGUUUAAGCAACUCCAGAAAAUUCGAGCGGAAAUGGUGGAAAAGAGGAUACAGCUAAGACUGAUGUAUGAGGAGCUGUUGGAAACGUGCCAUAAAUCAGAUGUGGAGCUGCUCCUGGAAUUGGGAAACAAACUGCCAAGGAUCGAGUUGGUGCAGCUGCACAUGCCUCAGCGUCCUCAGCCAAAACUCAGUGCCCGACCCGUCACUGGACUGAUGGACAGGCUCAACCGCUUCCGGGUGGAAAUUUCCUUCCAUAAUGAAGUAACCAAUCACAACAUCAGGCUGUUUGAUGAUGUGAGAAGUGUGCGGUACAUCCAUGACAGUCGAUAUGUGUCUUUGAAUCCUGGAACAUCUAACUAUUUUGCUAGCUGGGGAACCCAGGACUUCACCUCCGGCAAGCACUACUGGGAGGUGAUUGUGGACAGAUCUUGGGACUGGGCUGUAGGUGUCUGUAGGGAUUCCUGGAUAAGGAAGACCGGCACACUGGUUGAAUCUAAGGACACAUUCCUUCUGGUAUGUGUGAAGGAGGAUGAUCGUUACAGUCUCUGGACCACCGCCCCCAUAAGUCCUCAGUUCAUAGCGAAACCUGUGGGCCGCGUUGGUGUGUUCCUUGAUUGGGACAGUAGGAGCAUGAGCUUUGUGGAUGUUGCCAGGCGCUCCAUCAUUUGGAGGUACCCAGAUGGCGUGUUCACUUUCCCUGUGAGGCCUUUCUUUUACACUGGCCACACAUGA